UGUCAUACGGCCCGCCGCCACGCUGGCCUGACGCCUGUAGGCUACAUCUUUACAUGGUAGCUGGACGUUGGUUGGCAAGAGUGGCCUGGCACGUGGCCUGGUCGGUGCUACUGAGCUGCUGCUGGUGCUGCCACUGCUUCGCUAUCCACACUGCCUCCACUGCAACAUGUUCCCCAUGGUUGCAACACGACAGCAGCAGCAGCAGCAGCAGCAGCAGCCUGAACGUCGGGAUGACGGGGCAUGCUCCUCGCAGCAGGCGAGAUAGGGGGGCCUGCUUCUGCUCCCAGCACGGGUCAAGUGGUGCUCGUCGUGCUCGAGAAGCGGUGGAAAUGGGCGUGGAAAGGGUGCCAGGGACAACGGCGUCUGCACCAGCCGGUGCAGCACUGGUGCUCUCGAGGCCCAUCGACCAGGUUAUCUUGCCGCCUGGGCGAGGACUGAGGGUGCAUAGCUUGUCGGACCUACACACCGACAGCAAGGAUAACCUGGCUUGGGUAAAAUCUUGGGCGAGUUGGAAGGGGGACGAGGGCGGGGAUCUGGGCGAGGGCCACGAAGAUAUCCUUAUCGUCGCCGGCGACGUUUCUUCCUCCCUCGAACGAUCCGCCGAGACUCUGGAGUGCCUCAUGGAGCGGUACGAUGAGGUGUUCUUCGUGGUUGGGAACCACGAGAUGUGGACCGGUCGCCGCAAGCCGGAGGGGGGGGUCGACUCCGUCGAGAAGCUGGUACAGAUGCACGCCUUGUGCGAGAGCCUAGGCGUGAGGACCGACCCCGUGAUUUUCGCAGUGGGGGGAGAGGGAAAGAACGGGGUAGCAGCGGAGAGAGGGACGACGAGCGAGGAGAAGGGGGGGGCAAUGGGGGGGCUGCAGGAGCUCGCGGUUUUUCCCCUGCUCUCUUGGUACCACGCGUCGUGGGACGACGAGCCCGACCUUCCACCAGGUGAUGCGCGCCCUCUUGCUAUCGUUGGCGGACCUUGA